AAUAAUUACUUUAUGGAUUUUGAGUAUUUUGAGAAAUAAGAUGAUAAUGAUGAUGAUAUGAAUGUUGAAUUUGAUGAAGAAGAUAUAAAAUAUAAUUUAGAAGAUUCAAAGAAGCCAAUAGAAAAAGAAUUGGAUGAUUCUGAAAUUUAAUAAAUAGAAAUGAAAAUCAAUAAGAUGAAAGAAGAAGAAUAAUUUUUUGAAAAUGAUUCAGAUGAGGAAUGUAAAUAGAGAUUAACAAAGGUUAAAGAAUGGAGAAGACAUUUUGGAAAUUAUACUCCUUUGAUAUUCAUAAAUGAUGAACCAAUCUUUGCUAUAAGUCCAUAAUGGAUAAUAAAUUUAUUUGUAAUAAUGGGAUUAUUUAUUAUAACAUAUUUGUAAUUUACAAAACCUAAACAAAAGACCAUUUAAUAUUGCAUAACAAUAAUAUUAAAUGUUUUAGAAUUACUUGGAUAUGUAAUUGCUGCUCUAAUAAAUCCUGGAAUUAACACAGCCCUUUAAGAAACUCUAAAUAAACAUAAUGAUUGCCAAGUAUAUAAUUGCGAUUAAUGAUUUUAAGAUUUGUGAAAUAGUUCAUUAUAGAAAAGACACUUAUCAUUGUGAAACUUGUAAUGUAUGUAUAAGAGAGUUUCAUCAUCAUAGUGUAUUUUUAGGAAGAUGUAUUGGAUAAGGCAAUUUAUUUUAUUAUUACCUCAGCAUAUUAUUCUUGCCCUUGUUCUUAAUAAAUCUUAUAGUUUUAUAUGUGUUUUGA